GUUGGCCCCGCGAGUAAUUGAGCCAGCGACUGGUCAGCUGUGUACGUGGUGAGCCGGUGACUGGUACAGUGCUCACCCCGCAGUCACGUGGGGAAGGCUGGCUUUCACGAGCGGAUAGACGAUCCACAUGUAGUCAGUCAGAGCCGAGUGCCGUUGCCGUCCCUCGCUUAUCUGCUCGGCUCAUGGACCAGGCUGUAUUGAUUCUCCCAAGUGUCCACGUAGUCUAUGCAUUGUUUUCCUUGUGAUCGUAUACACAUUCCUCAGCUCGUGUGAAGAACAGAGCCGAGCAGCAAGCAAAGCGAUUCAAAUAACUAUAAUCCUGCAACAAUGGCAUUCUCUACACCCAUGGCUGGACUCGCAUGCCUUCGCGCCGCAACGAGGAGCCUCGCUGCGGGUGGCGCGUCGGCGUACGCAGGCUGCAGCGGUAGCAAGGUGGUGACAGCAGCCGCCCUGCGUCGUGCUUAUGCUUCCGAGGCGGCCGUCGGUGGGCCGAGCUUCAAGCUGACGGAAGACCAGGAGGCGUACCGAGAUCUUGCGCGCAAGUUCACCGAAGAGCACAUCAUCCCCAAGGCCGAGCACCAUGACAAGACGAUGGAGUACCCCUGGGAGAUCAUCAAGGCCGCUCACAGCGUUGGCUUGCUCAACACGCACAUCCCAGAACAAUACGGAGGGUCUGGCCUGGGCCUGAUGGAAUGCAGUCUGAUCAGCGAGGAGCUCGCGUACGGCUGCUCAGGGAUCCAGACGGCCAUCGAGGCCAAUGGGCUUGCUGAGGCCCCCCUGAUUGUCUCGGGCAGCGACCACGUGAAGAGCAAGUACCUUGGUCGCAUGACCGAGGAGCCGCUCGUUGCUGCGUACUGCGUCACCGAGCCGGGCGCAGGCUCAGACGUGGCCAAUAUUUCCACGCGUGCAGAGAAGAAAGGCGACAAGUGGGUCAUCAACGGGUCCAAGAUGUGGAUAACUAACGGCGGAUAUGCCAACUGGUACUUCGUCCUCGCCAAGACCGACCCGUCGCAGAAGGCCGGCAAGAGCAUGACUGGCUUUGUCGUCGAUGGUGAUUCGCCCGGCAUCACGCGAGGCAAGAAGGAGAUCAACAUGGGCCAGCGCUGCAGCGAUACGCGUAUGAUUACCUUCGAGGACGUUGAGGUACCCGAGGAGAAUGUGCUUGGCAAGCCCGGUGACGGAUUCCGGACGGCCAUGGGAGCGUUCGACAUCACGCGCCCGCUGGUUGCAUCUGGCGCCAUAGGUGUCGCCUCACGUGCGUUCCACGAGGCGGCCAAGUACGCCUCAGAGCGGCGCACGAUGGGCGUGCCGAUCAUUCAGCACCAAGCGAUCGCGUUCAAGCUAGCCGACAUGGCAAUGCGCGUCGAGGCGGCGCGCAACAUGGUCUGGAAGUCAUGCUGGGUCAAGGACCAAGGACAGAGGAACACGUUCUACGCUUCCAUGGCCAAGGCCAUGGCGUCCGAGGCGGCGGUCAGCAAUGCGAAUGAUGCGGUGCAGGUCUUUGGCGGAGCCGGCUUCAACACGGAAUACCCCGUCGAGAAGCUCUACAGAGACUCAAAAAUUUUCAUGCUGUACGAGGGUACCUCAGAAAUCCAGCGUCGCAUUGUCUCCAAGUACAUCGAGGAACAGUACAAACCGUAGGGGCGCAUAGAUGCACUUCCAGUAACUUGCGCAUGUUGCGCUCUUUCGCAUCACUUGCAUGGUUGGGAGACUGCAAAAAGAUCGAUCUGGCUGCGGUUGCUUUGAGCGAUCAAGCUCAAGCGGAAGAGCCAAAGCAUGCGUUCGUUCUCUGGCGUAGAUCGCCUUCGCGGCCUCUUAGUUGUGGAUCAGCAUACAUGCUCGUACACUGUCGUUGAAACACAUCCGUCUUGCAUGCGUUGAGACGGGAACAGCGUCAUACUCGCUGUGCAACGCAUUACAUGCCCACUUUGGCGCUGUGAG